AGGCAGUAACUAAUUGUUGUUUAUUUUGUGUUAUACUUAUGAUAUCAAUAUUGUCUGUCUAUCGCAGACUUAUCUAAAUCAAACGUUCUCCAGAUUAGAACUAAACGCUUGUUGAAUUAAAUAUAUUGUCAAACUGUGUUAGCUUAAAAGUGAACUCGAAAUUCAAGUACUUGUGUCCAACUAAAAUUAGAAUUAGUUCUCGACUAAAAGCGGGGAGAAUCACCAUUGAGCCACAGCGCGCGUUUCACGCAAGAUAAAGAAAUCCAAUGAUAAAAGUUUACAGAAAAUUCUCACAGAUAAGUGUUGGUAUUAUAAAUAUGAGUAUACACCUGUCUGCGAGGACUUCCUAAACGUGUGAAUAUUAUGUUAUUGUUGUUUGGUCGCGGAGAGAUAUGUUGGAGUCUGGAACUUUAGUUGAAGAGUGUCCUUUAAAAAAUCACAGUCAGUGCAAAAAGCGUCCAACGACCCUAAAAGGCCCAUUCCGUUUAGUCAGACUAUGUGUAUUGGGCAUUUUUCUCCCAAGUUUACUGAUAGCGCUUCCUCUUUAUAUGAGAUACCAUGUCUACGGUCACCAACUUUAUCCUUUGGCAAUGUCAGACAUGAGGCUUUUGGAUAACAAGGUUUCAACAACUUGGUGUCAAAGACAAUUAGUAAAAGUCAACACAACUUUCAAUGCAUUCCUGUUAAACAAUCCACCCACUUUAUCAUCCCAAUUAAAACCAUUGACAAUGGUUCGCCAUUUAAAGCUAGAAGAUGAUACGAAGGAAUACUGGGGGUUCUACCUCUUGCAAGGCUCUUCCGUGACAGUCUCGACCUGUGUAAGAUGGCCUGGCGCCUCUUUAAUUGUGAUCAGAGGCCACAAACACUUACACGAAUGUGCCUACAUUGGCGACAACUCCUCGGAAGAACUCGACGAAUUGAUGAAAGCAAUUCAGGAAAAAAGUUACGUCCCGCCUAAACCCAAGCCCAAACAUAACACCACUCGCACUAACGAGCCCGAAAUGAUGAAACGGCACAGGCCAGACGUGAAAUUUCACCACCCUGUUCACAAAAACAGCAGCGAAAGCCACACCAUUAAAAAAGCAGUGGACGAAGCCGACAUCACUGAUCCCAAAAUGCUGCAACCGAUUUUAGAUUCUCUUCAAGUGAAAACGAAGAAGAAACAUAAACCUACACCUGAGGAGAACCACAUGCACGUCCACAGAAAUUCCACAAUUGCCAAAGACGAGACCAAAAAUAUCAAAAUAGAGGCACCACAUUUCGGGAAAACUCAGUCCCAAGAGGCGCUCGAUGAUAUCGUUCAGAGGUUGCAAGGGCUGGGUAACAAAACCAAUUCGAUUUUGGAUCGGCUUAAUGAGAAGUUUAAAAAUGAAGGUGGUAACGAAACGAAUGAGCAAAAGUUUGAUGUGAAAGGGAGGCAUUAUUCAAAACCUGCCGUUAGUUUUGACGAAAAUAUCGACAGAGCGAGAAGACGCAGGCAAAUUACGAUUUCGAACGCCAUGAAGUCGAAUUUUACGGAAGAUGAUGAGGAGCGGAAUUUAGCAAUGGAAGAAGGUUUUGUCCCCGAUGGGAUAGCCGACCACAGAGGCACAGUUAAUGAAACAACUCUGAACGACUACAGUAACAGCGAAUUUUGGUCAUCUUUUUCAAGCUCUGAGGAGGCUCUUUUAAAUUGUGCUGGUUUAAUUCUCAAUCUUCCACUCACGCCACAUCACAAGUGUGUCCCAGAAUUGACGGAAGAGCAAGCCGAAGAAACGUAUCUUGCAAAUACCAUCACUUACCAAGUUCCUGUGAAUGGUUACUACUUUUUCGUCUUCAACAGUGAAAAUGAGGUACAACCGAACUACAUCCGCGUCCAAUUCCACCUAAAUAAGGCCGUUUAUAACGUUUCAAACGCCGUAUCGACUUGCUUGAACAGUUCCGCCGCUUGUGCGAUGGACCUGAAGUUUUUCUCCUCGGAAAAACUGGUGAUGGAACUACCAGUUAAAGAAAAUGGGAAUCUUUGGAAUGAAGAAUUCGUUGUGGUAUCUGAGUGUGAACCACGAACCGCUAUUUAUGCAAUAUGUGUGAUUGCUGUACCUGUUCUUGUGAUACUUUUUGCAUUUUCGUGAUGAAUAAAAGAUUUUUAGAUUUU